GUUCGGUCAGGCUUGCAGUGCCAACCUGGAAGGUGACAGUGGAAAUACACCAUGUCCAUCCUGAUUGGAGGGAAUAUCUGACGGUUCAGUCUCCAUCGCAUACCACUGCUCUUUGAUCCGUGUCUCGGACUUGUCAUCUUAAUUGGGAGUUCGGAUGAUAUUACGGACACAAACGAGGCCUCGGACGCCCGACAGUUUAAAAGCUCACGAUGUGCCGGUACUCCUUUUCUAUCGAGCGGUUUAGAAUGCCGCUCACAGGCGUUCUCAUAUCUCCUUUGCUGCCGUAGCCCCUAUUGCAAGCGAUUGGACAUGACAAUGUCUUCACGAUCCAGCUUUGAACGCGCCUGCGUACUCGCCCUGGGCCUUGCUGCUACAAGGUCCCUUGUCGCUGCCGGGCCCUGCGACAUCUACGCCUCUGGUGGCACGCCGUGCAUCGCCGCACAUAGCACCACCCGCGCUCUGUACAGCGCCUACAGCGGCUCUCUUUACCAGGUCAAGCGCGGCUCCGAUGGUGCUACGACUAACAUCGCGCCGCUGUCCGCCGGCGGUGUCGCAAAUGCUGCCGCCCAAGACACCUUCUGUGCGAAGACGACCUGUCUCAUCAGUGUCAUCUACGACCAGUCCGGCCGCGGCAAUCACCUCACCCAGGCACCGGGCGGCGCUUUUACCGGCCCGGAUGUCAACGGCAACGACAACCUCGCCAGCGCGAUCGGCGCACCCGUCACGCUGAACGGCCAGAAGGCGUACGGCGUCUUCAUCUCGCCCGGCACAGGCUACCGGAACAACGCCGCCCAGGGCACAGCUAGAGGCAACGAGCCGGAGGGCAUGUACGCCGUCCUCGACGGCACCCACUACAAUGGCGGUUGCUGCUUCGACUAUGGCAACGCCGAGACCAGUAGCACCGACACGGGCAACGGCCACAUGGAGGCCAUCUACUUUGGUGACAGCACGGGUUGGGGCACCGGCGCCGGCAGCGGCCCUUGGAUCAUGGCUGAUCUCGAGAACGGCCUGUUCUCCGGAGUCAGCCCCGCCAACAACCCUGGCGACCCGUCCAUCACAGACCGCUUCGUCACGGCAGUCGUCAAGGGAGGUCCGAAUCAGUGGGCGAUCCGCGGUGCCAAUGCCGCGUCCGGGGCGUUGACGACGUUCUAUAACGGUGUGCGCCCGAACAAGUCUGGGUACAAUCCGAUGAGCUUGGAGGGAGCCAUCAUUCUUGGCAUCGGCGGUGACAACAGCAUCAGCGCCCAAGGCACCUUUUAUGAGGGCGUCAUGACCACUGGCUUUCCAUCCGACGCCACCGAGAACGCGGUGCAGGCCAACAUUGUCGCAGCCAAGUACGCCACAACCUCCCUGAACAGCGGUUCGGCCCUUACCGUCGGCUCCUCGAUCUCGCUGAGAGCCACUACCGCCUGCUGCACGGCCCGGUACCUCGCACACACUGGCUCAACGGUCAACACCCAAAUAGUCACGUCCUCGAGCAGCACCGCCCUUAAGCAGCAGGCCAGCUGGACCGUCCGCACCGGUCUUGCAAACAGCGCCUGCUUCUCGUUCGAGUCCAAGGACACCCCCGGCAGUUUCAUACGGCAUUACAAUUUCCAGCUCGCGCUUAACGCCAAUGACGGCAGCAAACAGUUCGGUGAAGAUGCCACGUUCUGCACGCAGGCCGGUCUCAACGGCCAGGGCGACUCGAUCCGGUCCUGGAGCUAUCCCACGCGGUACUUCCGCCACUACACCAAUGUCACCUACAUCGCCAACAAUGGCGGCGUUCACGUCUUCGAUGCCGCCACUCUCUUCAAUGACGACGUGAGCUGGGUCAUCAACAGCAGCUUUGCGUGAAAGAUUUGGGUUCUAUGGGAACACUAUUGAGUAAUACUAGGGACCGUUUUUAUAAACCUGAUAAACCAAAUUACAAAUCCAUUCAAUACUUGGCUUGCUUCUUCAGUAUGUAUAUAUCAUGAUAAUACCAAGGGCAAAUAUAUUUCACCUUACAUUUCCAGC